CGGAAGUUAGCCUUUACUUCCGCCCUCCCAUCCUUUCUGGGCUUCUAGAAGCGGAAGUAAAAGGUGUCUCCCGCGAACUUUGGUACGGAGCGCGAAUACGAAGUACGGCACGGCAUUUGAAAAGCUUUGGGCUAUCUGAUGAUUAUGGCGUCAAGGAACGUCUGGUGUAUGACAAGGAACUUCCUCUUUGGUUCGAGAGGUUGGAUGAUCCAAUAUUCAGCAGAAAUUUUCCUCAAAUCGAUUUCAUUGAGGCCUUUUAGUGUGAAAUGUGACAGUAAAGACAGGGAGCCCUUGAAGAAUGAGGACCUACUGAAGAACUUACUCACCAUGGGAGUUGAUGUUGACAUGGCGAGGAGACGGCAGCCUGGAGUGUUUAACAGGAUGAGUACAAAUGAGCAGGCGCUGAGGAUAUUCCUUCUUUCCAAAGGAGCUAGUGACAAAGUGAUUGGUAGUAUCAUAUCAAGAUACCCACGAGCCAUAACACGCACUCUUGAAGGUCUUUCAAAAAGGUGGGAGCUGUGGAGAAAGAUUAUGGCAUCAGACCUUGAAAUUGUAAAUAUUUUGGAGCGUUCUCCUGAAUCCUUUUUUCGGUCUAAUAACAACCUAAACUUAGAGAAUAAUAUAAAGUUCCUCUGCUCUGUUGGAUUGACUAAUAAAUGCCUCUACCGACUGUUGACCAGUGCUCCUAGAACCUUCUCCAAUAGCCUGAAUUUGAAUAAACAAAUGGUUGAAUUUUUGCAGGAGACCAGUAUAUCCUUAGGUCACAAUGAUCCCACAGAUUUUGUCAGGAAGAUAAUUUGUAAAAAUCCUUCCAUCUUAAUUCAGAGCACCAAACGGGUGAAAACUAACAUUGAAUUUCUACAGUCAACUUUCAACUUAAACAAGGAGAACCUGCUGCUUCUGCUAUGUGGCCCAGGAGCUGGAAUCCUAGAUCUUUCCAAUGACUGUACCAAAAGGAACUACACAAAUAUCCAGGAGAAGCUGCUCUCUCUGGGAUGCACUGAUGAGGAGGGUGGAACUCAUUAUGUUGAUCAAGCCAGACUUGAACUCACAGAAAUACACCUAUCAUACUGCUUCCCAAGUGCCGGACUUAAAGGUGUGAGCCGUCACACCUGGUGCAGCCAUCUGAUUGUGACAAAGAAGCCAAAAAUUCUUUUAGAGAAAGAAAGCCUCUUCAGUACUCAAAAACUGGAUGCCUGCAUGCAAAAGAAUGAAACUAGAUACCUACCUCUCACUUUGUUCAAAGAUCAACUCCUACUAGACCUUAAUGUAAUACCUGAACCUGAAACCAAUAGAGGGAAAAUAUGUUAACAUACAGGCAUAUAAGAUAUCUAGGACUAUCUGGUUUUUGAUAUGAGGGUAAUAUUGGCUCAUAAAAUUUUUUUGUAUGACUUUUUCCUUGUUUAUUUUAUGGAACACUCUGAGAAGCAUUGGUGCUAGUUAUUGUUUAAAGGUCUUAGUCACCAUUCUGGGACGAGACACCACAACCAAGGCAACUCUUUUUUUUAUGUUCCUAGCAGCAUUAUUUGUUAUUAUUAUUAUUAUUAAGAGAUUUUUCUAUUCAUUUUACAUACCAACCACAGAUUCCCCAGUCCUCCCUCCUCCUGCCCCCCAGAAUUUCCCCCCAACCUACCCCCCAUUCCCAUCUCCUUCAAGGCAAGGUCUCCCAUGGGGAGUCAGCAGAGCCUGGUACACUCAGUUGAGGCAGGUCCAAGCCCCUCCUCUCUGCACCAAGGCUGUGCAAAGUUUCCCACCAUAGGCACUAGGUUCCAAAAAGCCCGCUCAUGUACCAGAGACAGAUCCUGAUCCCACUGCCUGGGGGCCCCCUAAACAGUUCAAGCUAAACAACUGUCUUGCCUAUCCAGAGGACCUAGUCCAGUACCAUGGGGGCUCCUCAGCUAUUGGUCCACAGUUUAUGAGUUUCCACUAGUUUGGCUAAUUGUCUCUGUACUUUUUCCCAUUAUAGUCUUGAUGUCCCUUGCUCAUAGAAUCCCUCCUCUCUCUCAUCAAUUGGAUUCCCAGAGCUCAACCUGGGGUCUGGCCAUGGAUCUCUGCAUCUGCUUCCAUCAGUCACUGGAUGAGGGCUCUAUGAUGACAGUUAGGGUAUUCUGCCAUCUCAUCACAGGAUUAGGCCAAUUCAGGCACCCUUUCGAUUAUUGCCAGUAGUCUAUGGUAGGGUCAUUCUUGUGGAUUCCUGGGAACUUCCCUAGCACUCUGUUUCUCCCUAUUCCCAUGAUGUCUUCAUUUAUCAUGGUAUCUCUUUCCUUGCUCUCUCACUCUGUCCCUGUUCCGGUUAGAACCUCUCCUUCCCCUAUGUUCUCAUCCCUCGUCCCUUGCCCUCCAUUACCUCCCUUACCCCCAGUUUGCUCAUGUAGAGCUCAUAUAUUUCUCCUUCGCUGGGCCAUCCAUGCAUCCCAAGGCAACUCCUAUAAACGAAAGCAUUUAACUGGAGGCUUGCUUACAGUUUCAGAGGUUUAGUCCAUUUUCAUCACGAUGGGGAGCAUGGUGGUACACAUGAUGCUGGAGCAGUAGCUGAGAUCUUCAUCCUGAUCUGCCAGCAUAAAGGGGGAGAGAGAGAGAGAGAGA